CAAAUGUGUAAGUGUGAGAUGUGUUGAGGCUGAAGGUAGAAAACCAAAACCUAGUUCCGCCUCCGUCUCUGCCAAACGGUAACCUUGUCGCCGCCGCGCCGCGCCGCUACUCCGUCGCGGCCAUCAUGGAAGGGUUGAAGGUGUCGAAAUCGAAGUUAACAGUAUACCUUCAUCCUUCCAAAUCCAAACAAGUCUCCGAAUCCGUUCUCCGCGAACUCAGCUCCAUGCUUUUCACGUUCAGCGACACCUUCGACGGCGUCGUAUUGGCUUACAAUGUGAAAUCACUCGACCCGUGCUCCAAGAUCAUUCCCGGCAUUACCCCCUAUUUCGGUGUUAAAUUGAAGGUUGAUCUGUUGCUUUUCUCACCCAAACCAGACACGUUCUUAGAAGGAAAGGUUCUGAAAGUUACACCAGAGUCUAUUCAUGCUGUUGUGCUUGGCUUUUCUUCUGUGGUUAUAACUGAUAAAGAAAUUAGGGAUGAGUUCAUAUACAGGAAGAAGCGCGGGAAAGAUACGUUUGUGAGCAAGUUGAACAAGCGACAUGUGAUCAAGGUUGGAGCCAUGAUUCGCUUUUCAGUCAAGAGCUUUGAUGAAGAGAUACUUCAUGUUUAUGGAUCUCUGAUUCCUGAUAACACAGGCAGCAUGCAUUGGUUGGAUAAGAACUUGGAAGAUGAUUCGCAUACGGACAGGAGUGCAAAGAAGAGGGGAAGUGAGGAACAACCAAUAAUGCUUGAGCAAGAUGCUGUGGAUGGAGAAUCUUUAACCUUGGAAAGUGUCCAAAAAUUAAAAAAAUCUAAAAGGCAUAAAAUCAGAGAGGAAUCUUGAACUUGGUAUUGGAAUUUUGUUUUGUAAUGCAAACUGUGUUCACAGAGUAGCUAAAUUCAUGGAUGGCUGUGUUUGGACUUGCCAUCAGAUGUUAAGUAUAUUACAUAUUCAACGAACAUCCGACAGGAAAGCAAAAUUUUCAUGUGUUCAUUGAUAGGGGAUGCUUCAACCUCUGAAUUUCUAAAGGAUUUUGAAAAGUAGUUGCGGUAGGAGAUAGAUGCACCAAUUUUUUCAUUAGGUCAUACUUUCAGAAACUGUGACGAUAAUCUGAGGGACAUUGGUUAUGUUUACCAUGUGAUUUGAGCAGCCUUAGGGGCUUUCUUUUUCUUUUUAUGAAAUUGCAGGUUUGCUAUCUUUUCCUGUUAGUAACAGCUUGAAUUUUGUAGGAAGUGGAAUCUAUCCGUGUCACUUAAGCCCCCCAAUUAGAAAGAUGACAAGAAUGGUGGAUUACUGACUUAAGUUUGAAAAUGUUACUUAUUUAUCAGAUAGAUAAAUACUGAAAUGGUCUUCAAAGUUUC